CCAAGCCAGGUUGUAGAUUUGGCAGCAACAUUAAUACUGAGCUACCUAAAGCUCGUGUAAAUGCUAAAGUGAACCUAGAAGGGACAAAGGAGCUGAACUCUAAUGCUCUACCUGGAAGCCACUCAAGAGAUAAGGGAAAAACAGAGCAGACAGAGGAACAAAUAGAGGAGGAGGCGAAUGCAGAAAACCUUUUUGCUGGCAUAUUGAUACAUAGCGGUGAAGCUUCAAAAAAGCUUAUUGAUGUGGAUGUGUUUUCGAAAGACAAACAAUACCCGACAAAAGCUUAA